UACUCUUACGCUACAGCUGCUGUGCAUGAUUAUACUCUUAAUAUUCCGCCAUCUCUAUACACAAUCGAGAGAUCUAAUAAUUCAAUUAUUUUUCAAAUCUAUGAAGUACAUCGGCCAAUCGAAUACCUCCAAGCCGGAACAAUACUCUACUUUAAAAAUGAAGAUGACUUAUUCUUACUACCUUCUGCUUUCAAUCACGCACAUCUCCGCGCUAUAAAUAUCAAUGGGGAUAGUGUGACUUUCCCAAAAACUAAUUUUCAAAAUUUCCAAAAAAAUUUCCAUAUUGCUGCGACUUCAUUCUUCAAAAAUCUCAAAAUGAGUGAUUGCUCGUUCCAACGAAACAAUCAAAUCUCAGACGUCAACGACAAUUCAACAAAAACGCCAUUUCUCAUGUGGUACUUUUUCUCCUUUAAAAACAACGUCCCUCAUAUGGUCAACAAUAAAAACUUGACUUUCACUACUAUUAGUAAUAAUUCAAAAACUAGUAUAUUAAUAGUAAAUCCAGCCGCAUCGCUUCUCAGCCAAGAAUCAAAAGAAAUUAUGUUCGAGGCGAAGGUCAAUUUCCGCCCUGUUAAUUUGAGUGUUCAAACAGUUAUUAUGUCGGACAUCAAUAAGUUUGGGGCGCCAAACGCCGUGUUUAAAAUUGUAGAGAAUAUGACUACUAAGGUGUUUUAUGAAAACAACACAAUCUUUGUUCGUGCUGCAUUUGACAAACAAAACUAUGACUUUGCCAAUGUGAUCGUUUUGAGUUAUGUUGCAAACAUUGGAGAUACUUUAAUAGUUUUAAAUACUAAACUUAUACCAUUAGAUAAUAAUACUAAAAAUUGUGACAACACUUAUGAUUGCGAAAAUACGGAGUGCACAGUCGACAACACGUCACUCGAUGUCGGAACGAGAAAGUGGAUAAGAGGAUGCGAACCACAAUGCGGAACGUGUAGAGAUGGAUUUCUAUGUAACACUAUGGGAAUGUGUCAGAAAGAAACUAACUUAAAUUUGAGAAAUGAGGGUUACAUUAAUAUGGUUGUGUUAUCGUUUUGUAUUGUCAGUCUAUUUCUUAUUUGA